AUGUCUGAUCGAGUGGAGCCACAGGGUGUUGGUUCGAGUAGUCAGGCAGAACAUGUGGAUCAGGAGCCGAGUGGAUUUUCUGAGGGAUCUCAGGGGCAACUGAAGCAGUCGGCCGGUGAAGAACAGUACCAGCAGCAGCAACCUUACCACUACCAUACUGGGGGAGAUUACUCCCAGAGAGGGUCUCGUGGAGGUAGACAGGGCCAGCAGAGAGGCGGUCGUUACGGUGCCAAUAAGUACAACUACAACGGGGCCAAUGUGAGUCAAAACCAGUACAACAGGUAUAAUAGCAAUGGCAGGAACUACAACGGAUACAAGGCUCAUAGGGGAGGGAUGAACGCUGCAGCCGCUGCAGCCAUGAACCUGCAAUGGCAAGGCUACUACAACCCACAGAUGUACUAUAUGGCUCCGCAGAUGGCUGCAGUGAAUAACGCUCCGAUGGAAGGCUCGCCAUCGACGUCGCCUGUGUCCUCUACGUCCAGCACUCCUACUCCUACGUCCCGCAAGAUUGAAAUUACCACAAAGACCGGCGAACACUUGGAUUUGAAUGCACUUCAUCAAGCACAUCAACCGGCCCAUCGUUCCCAGAACACUGCCACCAACGGGAAUGAGGCAGAGAAGGCUGCAGUGAACACUGCCGCUCCAACUGAGGCCGCUUCUAGUGCUUCAAAGGACAGUGCGGACAAGGAAAAGACUGAGUCUGGUGCUAAGGCUCCAGCCACGCCGGAGAAUGCAAUUUCUGAAGCAGAGAAGACAAAGAGAGAAUUUCUGGAGCAGAUCAAGCUGCGUAAGGCAGCUUUGGAGAAGAAGAAGCACGAACAGAUUGAGGCUUCCAAGCCAAAGCCAGCCGAGCCUGUACUAACUCCUGUGCAAGAAGAGCAGAAAGCCGCUCCUGAGCAGCCAGCAAAAGAGAUUGCAAAGGACGAAGCUGGAGCUCAAAAAACUGCCGGCUCUGAAGAAGCGUCAAAGAAAACCGCCACCACAUUUGCUGAAGCUCUGAAGCUCAAGAAGGAAGCCGCUAAACAAUCAGCCGAAGUGGAAGCUGCCAAGCCAGAACCAGUCGGCGAGCCUGACGUCAAAAAGGAGGAACCUUCGACUGAGCAGUUAACGGAGACCGAAGCUGUUGACAAAGAGCAGGUAGUGAACGAGGAACCAGCUAAGACUGAAGCGGUUAAAGACGAAGCAGCUACAAGCGAGGGCAUUACCACUGAGGGUGCUGCGGCAGAAGACACAACAAUGGUAGAGGGAGAGAAAGCAGAGGAUGAAGUAUCUGAGGAGAAAGCAGAGGAUGAGGCUAUUGAAGAGAAAGCAGAGGAUGAGGCUAUUGAAGAGACGGCAGAGGAUGAGGCUACUGAAGAGAAAACAGACGAAUCUGAAGACAAACUAACGGUAACGCAGCUACUUGAUAGACUGAACGCAGCUAAGCCAAUCGAAGACAUAUAUGCAUUUACCUAUCCAGCUGGAAUUGAAGCACCAGAUGCUAGGUACAAGAAAUCGCACAUUAAGUACACCUAUGGCCCAACAUUUUUGCUUCAAUUCAAGGACAGAGUAAAAGCUGUUGCGGACGAUGAGUGGAUACAAAAAGCAGCAUCCAAGAUUGUUAUUCCGCCGGGAAUGGGUAAAGGCGGCAGACCUAGGGAUCCAAGCCUAUUUGGAGGAGCUGGCAGAAUGAACAGCGGGCGCGAUUUUGGAAAGAGCAGUUCUUUCAGAAACGUGGAUGGCAGAUCAAACUCCAGAACUUCUUCAAAGAGAAAAUCUAAGAGAGUGGUUGAUGAUAGAAGAUCAAACAGAUCAUACACAUCUAGAAGGGAUCGUGAAAGAGAGCGCGAGAGAGGUGAGGAAGAAAGGAGAGAAUCAGAGAAACCUAAGGAAGAAGUCGCUCCACUAGUUCCAAGCGCUAACAGAUGGGUUCCUAAAUCAAAACAAAAGAAGACGGAAAAGAAAAUGGCACCAGAUGGUGUUACAGAGUUACUGGACAAAGAAGAAGCGGAGAGAAGGAUGAAAUCCUUGCUGAACAAGUUAACUUUGGAAAUGUUCGACCCUAUCUCCGCUGACAUUUUGAAGGUCGCCAACCAAUCAAAAUGGGAGGAAAAGGGUGAAACUCUGAAUAUUGUCAUUGAAGAAGUUUUCCACAAGGCUUGUGACGAACCACACUGGUCCUCUAUGUACGCCCAGCUGUGUGGUAAGCUGGUGAAAGACCUUGAUCCAGAGAUUAAGGAUGAAAACAACGAAGGUAAAACAGGUCCAAAGUUAGUGCUGCAUUAUUUGGUUGCCAGAUGUCACACCGAGUUCGAUAAAGGUUGGACCGACAAACUGCCUACAAAGGAAGACGGUACUCCAUUAGAACCAGAAAUGAUGUCUGAUGAGUAUUACAAAGCCGCUGCGGCCAAGAGAAGAGGUUUGGGUCUAGUUCGCUUCAUCGGUUUCUUAUACCGUUUGAACUUGCUAACCGGUAAGAUGAUGUUCGAGUGUUUCCGUAGACUGAUGAAAGAUUUGAGCAACGCUCCAACUGACGAGACUUUGGAAUCUGUUGUGGAAUUGCUGAAUACUGUGGGUGAGCAAUUCGAGGGUGACAGUUUCAGCACAGGCCAACUGGCAUUAGAGGGUUCUGCACUUCUAGAUAGCUUGUUUGCCAUCCUACAGAACAUCAUUGAAAAUGCUCCAAUCUCAAGUAGAAUGAAGUUCAAAUUGAUCGACAUUAGGGAACUAAGAGAAAAUAAACAUUGGAACAGUACUAAAAAAGAAGAUGGACCAAAAACCAUUCAACAAAUUCAUGAAGAGGAAGAGAGGCGUCAAUCGAAGAACAAUUCUAGGAAUAGCUCAAGACGCAUGAACGCUUCACUCGGUAGCAGAAACUCCUUUAAAAGAGAAGCUCCUGUAAUUUCAAAGGACAAUUUCAUUUCCACAAGAUCAUCUUCUCAAAGACAUAUUCAAAAGCCCGCUCAGAAGGAAGAACCACGUCAACCUCAAAAGACUGCUACAAACAUGUUCAGCGCAUUGAUGGAUGAUAACGACGAUGAUGAUUAA